GCAGUUGAGGUGAGGGUGAAGCAGUGAGUCAGUCGAGGAUGGAGGAGAACUAAAGGAGCCCGCGAUCGGUUGAAAUCUAUCAGACAGGCUCGAUAAAGUUUUCCACAAGGAAGAAAAAACACUCACCACAAGGUAAAACUAUAAUUUUGCUCAUGAUGAUUUAAUUUGAUUUAAAAAAGAAAUGCGUUUUUAUGUUUCUGGACCUCAUCAAACGAUAUUUAAUGAUUGGUAUCCAUCUGAAGAGGAAUGGCUCUAUGACAGGUUCUCUGUUGUGAUUCUCAUGACAGUUGUUAAAUGAUACUCUCAGUUUGACAGUAUGCAAAAUGAUUAAUUAAUCUAAUUAUCAUUCAGUUAUGCGAGUCUGCCCUAAACCCCGUUUAUAUGGGCAUGCUACUGUUAACUUUGCACACUGACGGUCGGCCGUUGGCGAUUUUUCAACGGCUAAUGAUGCUGAUGAUUAGGCAGGUUAGCCAAAUAAUAAUAUCAUAAUGCCGAUAUCCCUUUAUUGUUGUUGUGAUUGUUUUGUAUGAGAUAAAAUAUAAUGUUAUAAUCGUGACAAAUUAGAAACAAAGUUGCUGAACUACAGAAGUUUGUUAUAUAAAUAUAUACAGUAUGUAGACACAAAAAUAUGUUGUUCAGCAAAAUGUUGCUGUGAAGGAUUUCUGUCCGGCUAUCUGUGAUCAUCACAAUAGAAGAAACACAAGUAAUAACAUAAGGUUAAACAAAUAUAAAAGAAAAAAGCCAUGCACAAUUUUAUUAAUCCAUGCUUAUUUCACACUAAUAUGCACACCAGUGUUUAUUUGCUGUUAUUUAUGACAGGAUAAAGGCAUUGCCACUAAGAGAAGAUGGUGGUAAUACUAGCCUCAUGACAUAAUGGACAGAUUGAGAUUAUUAUGAAAUUAGCCCAAUCAAUCAGUCCAUCUCCAGUGUGCGCUUCGUAAUUUGUUUUGCUGUUGACUUGCAGGUACAGGUAGGUCCAUCAGUCCUAUCCCAGAAGGUCACUGCCUGUGUUUGUACGGCAAUAGCACCCACGGUAAUCCUGGAUUUCCACUAAUCUUUCUGCUCCUCAUCAUUACACAUGGCUCCUCUGCCACUUACACUAUACUUUUAUUACAUAAAAUCAAUCCCUCUCAAUCAAUUCAGGAAAGAAGAAUCAGCUCCCCUGGCUUGUUUUUUUAGACGUGUUUCAUAUGAUAUAUACUAUGUCCAAAUUUCCUCACUUAUCUGACAAACUGGAUGGUGUAUCUACUUAACGAGUUAACAGGCUCAGAGACUGGGGGAUGUCCUGUACCUUUUCAGCACGUGUUUCGACAUCCGCAGACAGCCUUGGUGUAUGACUGUGAUAAAGUUCACCACAAAGCAGAGCUGCACAAUUUAUCAAAAAACAAUCAAAACAAAGAGCCUUAUCCAAAUUGCAAGAAGCUGCAAUUAUUUGAUAAAAGUUCAAUAUGUUACGAUGAGACAGAUUUUUGAGGAAGGAUUGAAUGCUGCAGAAAUGUUCAGACAAACAUGUUUACUUGGUACUGACCUCAACAACAUUUAAGAUGUCAUGAUUUUACAAGUUUUUUUAUUUGUGUGUAUAUGUGUGAAAAUAAAACCAUAGAUGCAGAAUAUAAGCAUUCACUCAUAAUGUGAGGCAUGUUGCGAUUGCAGUUUCUGCCACAAUAAUUUUAGUAUGUGCUUUUUACCAUAUUGAACAACUCUACCACAGGGUACUUUCUUUUUCUUUGUACUUUUUGAUCAUAGGAAGGUAAAUCUAAAAAUAUUAUCAAUGUUUAAUGAACGUUCCAACAAUAUUCACUAAUAAUUCUGGUUGUACUAGCCAAAAAAGUCUUAAUCCUGGCUGAGCGCCCUUUAUUUGUUUGUCUUUCCAUUGCCAUAGUUCACAAACUACAAGCUUCAAAUAAAUUGUCUUUGGUCCUGUGAAAGUCGAUAGGAUCCUUUGGCUCAGCUGCCACCUCUUCAUCACAGAAAGAACAGCAAAUCCCCUCGACGCAUCAAACUGGCGAGCAAGCGCGUACUGCUGAAUCAACAGCAAUCCAGUCCAAUGCUCCUCCGCACCCUCCGCAGUGUUUUAAAAAUGCUCUGCACUGCUGUCUCACAUCUCCUCUGGGGAUAAAUUUCCAAUUUCAAGGCCAUGAUCAAGAUGCAUCGACCCACACACAUCAGGAAAUCCUGUUACAGUGCAGUAUUUUCUGCCUGUUACUACAAUGUUCCUCUCUAUGCAGCUAACUUUAGGACCUUAUGUGUGUGCUGAGUAGGUGGGCUGUGUCUUUUCACUCCUCCACCAAUGUGUAGGCCCUCCUCUCUUCCCUCCUCGACACCUAAUGAUAGCUCAGAGUGCCUCCUAAUAACAUCUCUGUGGACUAAGUAGUGCAGAGUUGUGGUGAAACUUCUGCAGUGCUGUCUCUUUCUCUCUCUCUCUCUCUCUCCAUGUUCGUACCUUUUGCCACCUCUCAUAAAUUACGUAUUUCUGCCCUCUCAUCGAUUUGUGUGGGCAGCAGGAGCACAGUCAGCGUCACCUCCAGCUCCUGAGUGACUGAAUGAGUGCCAGCAUACUAAAGCUUUUUAUUAUUGUACCACAGGGUAUCAGCCACGCUCUCCAGCUGCCAGCAUGAUGAAGGACUGCUUGCAGUUCCUUAUCGAGCCAGCUAAAAAGCUCAAGAUUCGACUGAAGGUACGAUAAAUAACUCCUCUGAUAACACAAGAUCUGCAGCAAGUGCUUAAUCUGUAGAACUUGCUCCAAAAAGCCCUUCAGGCCUUGAUUGUUCUGUUUUCUUAUCGUCUUUUGUCUGCUGCAGGAGUCUCGUAAGCGAGUAAAACUUGAGAAGAAGGAGCCGCUGGUGGAGAGUCAAGUUUUUAUCAUGGAACUGGCCCGUGAACUUAACAAAAUUUGCCAGGUAAUCACUUUUUCUUUUUGAUUUAUGUCUUGGAAAUAGUGUCUUUAGAGGUAUGACUGGAAGACUAUUGGUGUCUGCAAGUUUGAGAGAUGUAGAGGUGUAAGAAAAUUUACUAAAUCACAACUUUGUUGCCUGAACGGUAUUUUUUUCUUAUUUUAACGGGUAGAUUUCUUUUUGACUCAUCAUUUCCUGGACUUGAAGGCAAAGGUGGCUUUGAUUGAGCCUUAUUAGACAAUUUUCACAGGAAAUAUGACAAAUACUCUCCCCAAGAUUGGAGUUUGUGCGCUUUCAUAAUUUCAUCAGUGAAGUCAGAAGAAGUGUCUUUGAAGCGUUGGCUGGUAGAGCAAUGGUAUGUGUUCUACAAGUUUAAUGGAGAAGGCAUUAGAUUCACUCCAUCUAUUUUACAGGUUCAUAUGCUCUCAUGUACGUACUUACCCAGAGUUGAAUAAUGCAGCGGAGAUAUGAGGACUCAAAAGGAUCAAACUGUAGUUUCAAAAGGAAAAAAAAAAACCUUUCGUGGCAUUCAUACACUCCAAAAACCAACAACUGGACAAGUGUUGUUGUCUUACAAUGGAAUAGGCAUGUUAGAUAAAUGUAAGCUAUAUUUGUUUGACAAAAUGUUCUAGAUGUUAGUUUAAAAAAGAGAAUAAUGUUUUCAUUCAAGAAACUUGACAAGUACUGUUCACUGACCCCUGGCAGAUUUAUGUCUCUUUACACCAGUUUCGGUCUUUUUUAAGUCUUGUAAUUCAAUGAAAUAAGAUGUUUAUCUGCAUUACAAAGGUAAUUUUGAGAAAUGACAUGCCAUAUAUAAGAACUGAAUAGCCUGUAAUGAGUUAGAUAACAUCUGCCAAUGGAGUGAUAAAAACUUAUCUCUCAUGUUUCUUGAAACACAAAUUCAGUUUCUUGAAGUAAGACGAUGUCCUUCUCCAGGACCCUAAUAAGUGAAUUUUGUGUUUUUUAAAUCUGUAGAUUUCUCCUCUAACUUAUUACAAGAAAUUCAGUUCUGAAUGUUGUCAUGUAAUAUCUUGAAAUAUGAAAUUUAUCAAGAUUUUUUAGCCAAAAAAUGUGCUAAGAGUUGCUCUUUUCAGUACAUGGACUUUAUUAAGCUGAAAUAAGAAAAAAAUCACUGUUUUGUGGUGUAAUUUUGCUCUUUCUUGGCUGUUCUUGUAAAACAGCAAGACUGUGGGGUUAAUUGGUAGGUUUUUCUACAAAGUUAAAAUCACAAAUUCUCCGUGGGCUCCAGAGAUGUGUGGUUCUAAGUGGAAUUGCAUAACAGAAGGGGGAAACUAUGGGGCUUGAAAGAGCUCUUACAAUCUGUAGAAAUGACUGAUUUCACCUCAGUGAGUAAUCAGAGGUCUUUAGUUCCACAGUCCUUUGAGAGGGACAACACUUGAACACAUCUACAGGAAACAAAAGAGUUUGUGAUGAAUGUGAAUUGAGUUGAGAAUGAGUCACAACUUCCCUUGUAUUGAAUUUGGUCAUGAGUUUUGAAUACCCCUGAAACUGAAAAUGGUGCUUCAGACCCAGACAGAUUUGGCCAAAUUGUUGAUGACAUAACAGAGGGGGUUAUUUAAUGUUGGUGCCUACAGGAUGUUAUUUAAACAGAAUUUUAUUGGCCUACUCAUCAAUGCAGUAAACUGUUCAAUCAUUCAAUCAGUAAUUUCACUUUCCCUUUCUGCUUGUCUUCAGAGGUCAAAUGUCCUCAGCCACAUCUGGACCAAUGAGGACAUCUGGCCAGCCAAUGUGUGUCGGGAUUUUAUUGUGGAGUGGGCCACUGUUUUAGAGAAAAGAGUGCAGGUAUUUCAGACCUUGCAUGUUUCACCAUAACCAACUUUUAGGUUAUAAAUUUACUCAAUGAUUUUAUGACAUCAUUCUUAUUAGCAGACAACUUAAUUUACAAAUCAUUGCAAGCCUAUUCUUAUAACAGUUUACGAUUUUCCUGUAAUGCUGUGCCUCAAUUCUGGUAAAAAAAAAAACAAAUUCAACUUUAUUCUCAAAAAGUAACAACUUCAUUCAAUUAUCAAGUUAUUUACUUGUAAUAUUAGGAAUUUAUUCCCUUCAUAUUAUGACUUUAUUCUUAUUAAAUUACACCUUUUUUAAAUUUACAAAAGUUUCAUAGUUUUAUGAAUUUGUUCUGAAAAAUCACUCCUUUAUUUACACAAUGAUACAACUGAGCAUAAAUUUAUGAUAUUAUAACUUUACUUGUGUAGUAGUACAGCUUUAUUCCCAUUAAUAGUUAUGACAAAAAAAUGAGUUUAUUCUAAUGAAACAAAAUUUAUUCUGGUAAAAUUGAGACUAUUUUCUUUUGAAUGAACAACUUUACUCCCCAAAUCCUUUUCUUUUUUUCUAAUAUCUUGAUGUGGCUCUCUGUGUAAGUGAAUGCAAUUACAAAAAAGAUAAUAAAUAAUAAUAAUAAUAAUAAUAAAUAAAAACAGUUAUUAAAGUUUCAGUUUCGGACUGUAUUGACUAACUCCACUUUACUUAACAGGCUUUUUUUUUAAAUUUCCACUUAACUGCCAUUGUUUUUCUUUCUUAGCCCCGGAUCAUCCCAUCAGACCACUAUCGUGAGAAACCUGAGAAGAAGGACUGGAAGGAACAGCUCCUUUGUAUCCUGGAGUCAGGGGGGGAGUGUGACAUGGGGCCUCACAAAAGAGUCAUCAUGGAGUGGGCUCGGGAGAUUAAAGGCGGACCUCAGGUGAAUAUAGAGAGAUGUGUGUCGUUAUAACGUCUGAUGGUGACUGGGUGUGUAUUCUGUGAUAAAAGUCUGACCCAGCUCCCUCUUUGCAGCUGAUAGAGAUGAUUCAGCCUGACACCUCCUUGUCAGUCACUCUGUCAUACUCAAGAAGCUGUGAUCCCUUGAAACACUGCGUUGUGUAACCUUGAUCUCUAAACUGGUUCUUCUCAGCCCACCGUCUGGCCAGGGGAGCCGGUGCUCAUGAUGCUGGAUGACCUGGAGUUUCAGUGGAAGAGGGGCCGUCUGCCUAACCUGCUCCCUGCCAUGGAGCUCAUCAUUCUGGCUGUGCUGAAUGCCGACAGACCUGUGAAGGUCUGUAAAUCAGUCACGUAACAGGCUUCAUUAGCUUGUGUUAGAUAUUCGCUUUGAUUGGAUAAGCAGCAAGUAGCUUUUCAUAAAAGAUGAUUGAAAAAAUGAUACAGAUACAUGAUUCAGAUCAGGAGAAUACAAUGGAGUGCAUUUUGUGUUAUAAAACCCAGGUGGGCUAAUAUCUGUCACACAUUCAGUCUCACUUUAGUCUGCUUUGUGUCCAUGUGUUGUUGUGUAAUGGUGUGUGUGUGUGUGUGUGUGUGUGUGUGUGUGUGUGUGUGUGUGUGUGUGCGUGUGCGUGUGUGUGUGUGUGUGUGUGUGUGUGUGUGUGUGUGUGUUUAGGUGGACGUAACAAAACAAUGGCUGGUGAGAAAACAGAGGAGCCAGAGGAUUGGUGAGUGUAUUUGAACUAUCUUUGUAACUUGUGAAAGUGUUUGAAGAUUAGAGCCAAUGAACCCUGUUUAAUGAAAACUACAUAAAGAAUCUGUCAGCAUUCAAGAGGGGAAACGCCAUCCUUAAAGUGUAAACUGCUAUUGAUCAACACAGCAUGUGUGCACACUAAAGUAAUUUUAACUUAAUCAAAUUCUUAGGCGUGUGUUAAUUCUGAUGAGUCAUUAUCUUUAGAGGUAAUCAGGAUUGAUAUUUGAUGAUAGAACAAAACAGAAAAGCUGUAAGAGGAGUGAUAAUGACUGUUUUCUCUCUGUCUUUUCAGAUGCAGUUCGUUACAUCCCCCACAGUGGUGAGUAGCUACCCAAACUUUCCUUCAAUGACUUCAACAUUUCUUGGCAUCAAACAUCAAUAAAAUAUUUUUUUCUAAAUCAUUUAAAGCAUUUAUUCAACAUUGCGAACGUAUUUAUCAAAUGGUUAAACUGAAAAAUUUGGUUGUUUUACGGGAUAAAAAGUCUCAUUUUAAAUUAGAUGCGAGUAUUGUGUUUUAACAAAGUUAGGGUGGAGACUGCAAAACACUUAAACAACUCGAUAAAUUAAAACAAAACCACCUGGAGUAACAUCUCCUGAUGAAUAAUUUAACGCAGGUUAUUUAGACUGAGUAUAAAUAGGUCUUAGUCUUUCAGAUGGAAAGAUGAGAAGAAGUUCACCACUCUAUGAGAGACUGCACAGGCAGAUAGUUCAUCAUUUUUUGGAGAAGGUUGCAGCUGGCCUUGUGGUCUAAGCACGUGUCCCAUGUACAUAGUUUCAAGAGCCACAUGUAGAUUGCCGCCUGCUGUCUCUUCCCCUCAUGUCACUCCCUGCUCUAGGCUACAGUCUGAAAAGUAAAAAAUUAAGUUUUAGAAUAAUGUUUCUGAGUAUGAAAUGUGAAAGAAUGAGUGGAUUUCAUCAUCCACAGAACAUAGUAUCAUUAAAAGAUUCAGAGAAUCUGGAGAAAUCUCUGUACAAAAGGCCCUCUUCAGGCCUUCAGGCAGCACUGCAUUAAAAACAGACAGGACUCUGUAUUUGAUAUUCAAGGUUUCUGCCUGACUGUGACCAAAUGCAAGUCAUAACUGCACCACGCAAAGAAAAAAAAAUUAUAUUAAUAAAAAGAAACAGGUGAACUGAGAUGAAAUGAAAAACUCUCUUGUGUUCUGCCAAAUCUAAUUUGUCAUUUGUGAAACCAUAGAUGCUGCAUGCUUUGCAGCAGGAAGAGGGACCAACUACUUUUUAUUCACACAUAGUUCAUAUCAGCAACCCAGAUGGUAUCAGGAUACAAAAUUUCCCCUGAUACAGAUAGCCUACAAAGAUUGAAGGCUCCAUGAAUGCUGAACAGUUAGCGGAUCAAUAGAGUCAAACAGAUCUGUGCUUGACAUGUUUAGACUGCACUCUUCUUCAGAAGAGACACUGUAUGUUGUGUGGUUGUGAUGUUGUCUAUGAGAUGAUUUAUAGAGAAGAACACAUUAGUUUGGUUGCAAGAAAAUGUUGAACUUUAAUAUGAAAUCAAACCAAAUGGACCUUUUGGCUGUUCUGUGAACAACCUCUCAUGGGCUGUAGUAGCUUUUCACAGUAAAAAGGGAGAUUUCCACCAUUAUACUUUUGCAAAGCUGAUGUGAGCUUUACAGAAUGUCUUUUCUUGAUGGCACAUUUAGUAGAGAUAAAGAGUUAACUCAGUGCUUCUUCAGUGAAUUCAAAGCCUCCUGUUUUAUUCUUCAUAAUGCUCCACUAAAUUCUCAAGCGUGUGCCUUGUGUGUGCUCACUGCUACGAGUUAAGAGUAUGUAUCACAGCCUUUUUAAUAAGACCAGCUCUCACAAAGUGUCUUCAAACAUUUGUAGUGAAUCAAACACUCGAUUUGAACAGACGUUUGAAUACAGCAGAGUUUAAGGUCUUCUCUUUUCUGUCUCCACAGUGUGGAAUUGGAUUUGCGAGGCUGCAGGUAUGAAAAUCACUCUGUUACAUCCCCUCUGAUCGUCAUUGGUGUAUUUGGUCAUAAUCCACAGUUUAUAAUCUCAGCUACUUGAACUGCCCCUUCACAGAGGAAGUCACUCUGGAUUCAGGAACGGCCAACCCAGACAUGCUUAUCUCCAGUGAUGAAAAGCACAUGAGGUGCGGCCUGGAGCGCAGGGAAGUCUCACGUUGCCCACAGCGUUUUGAUGGUUGGUGGUGUGCUGUGGGCAAAGAGGGCUACACUUCUGGGCGCCACUACUGGGAGGUGGAGGUGGGUGAGCGAGACUGGCGACUGGGAGUGUCCAGGGCUUCAGCUGUGAGGCAGGGCUUCCGCUCCCUCAACACAGAUUCAGGCUAUCUCACCCUUCGUCUGGAGAGGGGCACGGAUUUGAAAGCUCUGACGGUGCCCUCCACUCCUCUGUCACAGAGUCUGGUGCCGAGGAAAGUCGGGGUCUACCUGGACUAUGAGCAGGGUCAGCUGUCUUUCUAUGAUGUAGAGAAGCGUUCUCAUCUGUACACCUACAACGACAAGUUCACUGAGGAACUGUACCCGCUGUUUGGGACUGUGGAGGUGGUCAAAGACCUGGUGAUUAGACCUGCAGAUGUCAGACAGCCAUGCCUCUGUCCUGGGCCCUGCCUCUGGACCUGAACUGCCACAAAAACCUGGAUUUUUAUUGUGGUCUAUUAUACGGGACUGUUUUGUUUGUGAGCUGCUUUUGGACUCGAAGUCAGGCUAUUCGGGUUGGGGGGGUGGGGGGUGGUAAAGACCUGAUUAAGACCUGUAUGUGUGUUGGACCUGAAUAAACUUCUCUGCCAUUAUGACAUGUUGGUAGAUAAUGGCUGUGAACUUUUCAGAUGAUUAUGUGCUAAUCUGGAUGCAAUGAUACUAAAUAUAAGCACCUUGAAAAAUGUUAUACUGACAUUCUGGCAUGUUGCAGGCGUUUUACCCAUUGUGAUUUUUUUGUAUAUGUGAUGUGUGCAUUUUGAAAAGCGCUGAGUUGUCAGUCAGUGAGUCCCUCUAUCAGCUAGGUUGAUUAGAGUCAGCAUAGUGUAAUUCAAGCGAAGGACCAGCUUGUCUCCACAGUUAGGAUAUAAUUGACUGGUAAUGGCAUCAAGCAUUGGUGAAACAUUUAAAGAUAUUGCUGUAAGGGAUUUUGUACAAGAUUUGAAUCUUAGAAACUCAUAACAGUGUCUCAAAAACAAAGUUUAGAGGUCAAAGGAUGAAAGAUAAUAUAAUAGUUUGAAAAACGUGCAACUUUUUAUGCCACAAAGGUGACAAUUGGAUCUUUUUCAAACUAGUUGAGUUCUGAAAUGCCUAUGAUAUAAAAGCAUGAAGACACUGUAAAUGAAUGAGCCUCUGUGCAAGAACCUGCAGAAAUGAACUCCCAGGGUUAGAGCAUGUCAAGAUUUUCUCUUUCUAUGAGCUUCUCUAUCUCAAGUUUCCUGCAAACAUUUGUCUGCCAUGAGCUCACUACAGCAGAAGUUUUUGUUCUCAUGUGAAACAUUCAGAUAUCAAUGUCAAACAGCUUCAAUAAAAACCUUUAAAGUGUCCACUCACAUGAACUGAAGGAAUCACAAAUGUGUUCUUUCAAAUCUUUAUUAAGUGCAACAGAAUUGACAAACAACAACAUAAAAAGAAACUGCAAGAAAAAAGUAAAUGAUAAAUGUUUAUCAGAAGUACAAGAAUCCUCAACUGGGUGUGAUUUUGGUGUGAAGUUCACCCACUCAACCUUUUUUGAUUUUUUAAAAGAAAUAUCUACUCAGGAUAAGUUUUAAAAGAACAAGAAAAGCCAAAAUACAGUAGAGCUCGCAUGAAAACAAAUACAAUCUUUCUGUCUUCGUUACUAUUUCUCUAAAACACAAAGAUCUCAUUAAUGAGUACAUCAACAUGCACAGUGAGCAAACAGGAAUGAUCCACUUAAGCAGAUUUUUGAGUAUAAAACCAUGUAGAACAGCUCACAUCUUAUAGAGUUUUCAUCCGUAAAUACAUGCCUUUUCCUUGUUAGCUCUUUAUUUGGCAUCAGAUCUAAUGUCAGUCUGAUAAAGUAAUAAUUAUCUUACAAAGGAUUAAAUAUGCUGAAACACUUUCAUAUGGUACAAAACUGAACAAAACUCCGAAAUACACCUCUUUUAUAAUAUUGGUCGCCUGAGAUGACAAACAUGCCUGGAAAUGGUGCAUCUUAUUAUAACAUACUCAGAGAUCUGGAGCCAGGAUCUCCUGCUGGUUAGACGUAAAACAAUGAAAGUCAUCACACACAGAGACAGACAGACAGGUGUCUCUUAAGGACAGGUGGAGGAUGGGAGACAAUGGAUAAGGUCACUUUAGAUCACUAAUCGCAUACAGAUUACUGGUCUGUGCAGACCUGACUUAAAUCCUGGGUGUGUUUCUAGACUUAAACCAGCAGAGGGUGCAGAGUCAGAUAGCGGGUAUUUACUUAGUGGAGUGAAAAACAACAAAAGCAACAUUAAAAUGCAUGAAAAUAUACUUAGUGUUUGUGCAGAGCCACAGUUUGUAACAGAUAGGACAUAGCCCUACUCUCUCCCUCCAAUGAUCUUUUGGUUGCAGAAUCUCUCAUAUAAAAACAUGCAGUGAUUGUGAACCAGAGGAUUUCAGAUUUGAUUUCAUGUCAUGAUUUUGGUUCAAUAUUGAUCGUGUUUUUCUGUUUAAGAGUCAUAAAACAUCUUCUUUGUGAAAGUGGCUCCUCCAGUGACACUUUUCUGAACCACUUCUUUUGUGACUUGACGGGUCAUCAUGCCACUGGUCUCUGUGCGCUGUGUGGUCAUCAUCAUCCCGUCUGUUAAACAAGAGUUUUGGGUGGUGACAUAAAAUGUUAUUUCCAUCAAAACUGUGAGAGAAAUGAUAAAUGAAGAGAUGCUGCUUUUGUACCUGAGAAGAAGGAGUCCAGCAUUGAAUCAUUGGUUCGUAGGGGCAUUUGGGAAAUUUCCUCCAUCUGCAUCAUUUGCAUGUUGUACGGAGACAUUGGACCUGUGCAGGGGAAGAGAGGAGAGAAACACAAAGAUCACUUCAAAGAAAAAAAACAUCCUGGAGGACAUGGUUGAUUUAACAAUUUUAUCAUGGUGCUAACACUCUGACAUUCAGAGUAACAAAACAAUAGAGGUAGACUCCACCCACACAUAACUGGCAGUCUCUCAUUGGUGGCUCUCACAGUGUCUCAUAAGUUAUGAAUGUUAUCUGUCAUGUCCUUUCUUUGGAUACCCAUGUUUUUACAGAGUUUUUACUGGACAGUGCUGCACAAAAAUCACAUUUCUUGAUGUGAGUUUCUUUAACGUUUUUAUAUAUUUUUUAAUCAAAAUGCAACUUGUUUUUUUCUCUUUUAGUACACUUUACCUGUCAGCUAAAUGUCUGGGUAUUGUUGAUAUGUUUUUAUACUGCUUUGAUUCAGUCAGCCUUGGUCAGCUGUUAGCUAACCUCCCAGAUCAGUUAGUGAUGAAACAAAGACUUUCUGUGAGCCUCCUGAUUCAUGAUCAUGUUGCCAACUUAGAAAAUAAGUAAAAUAUCAAGAACAGCCCACAGACAAUGGGAAAAUAUUUGUUUUCCAUACUUAUUGAUAUCAAACUUAUACUCAACAAUAUUACUGCACUUUGUUUUUUCAUUUUCUGCAGAUCUGGUGUCAGAUUUGCAGGUGAAGUUUGAUAAAAAUAUGUGGGACCUUUUGUUUUGUAGGAGGAAAACAGGCUUAAAACCACAAGUUAUCUUGUUUAUCUUACCAAUAUAUGUCCCAAAAACUCCAUUAAUGUGGUUAAUAUCCUGUUUUUUCUCAUAUUGUGCAAACAUCACAGAAGAAAAAAUAAAUAAAUAAAUCACAGUGUAAAAUUUUUCCUAUUUUGUGCAGUCCUGAUAAUAAUUUGGAACAUGGAAUAGUUGCGUGCUCAAACCUCUUGUGGCCAACACUGGUAUUAUCAAAACAAUAAAUCAACCAAUGUUUCCCAUCGGCUAAAGAUUUCCCUCCCGUUUGUGUUGAAAAAAAUCAAACAAUUUAUGAAACACUAAAAGUUUAUCAUUUUGCAUUUUUCCACAUUAGCUUCACGGAGUAAAUAUCAAAGGAAGCUGAAAAGAUGAUUCUCAGUGGGAACUUUUGGAGAUAUAAGGCUAAUUUUCCUUUUGAGUUUGGAUCCAUCUUACCUCGAUCUGGAGAUUCAAUGGUGAUGAUGCCCUCCCUCUCAGGACCAAAGCCCUGUGUGGUCUGAGCCUGGACUUUAAAUUUGUAGGGAACGUUCUCCGUCAGGUUGGGCACAGUCAGACUUGUCUCUGCACUGUCUCCAUUUACCUUGAAGGACCGUAGGUCUCCUGAAAGAAACCAGAAACAGGGGGUAGAAAUCAACACUGUGUCACGACAAAGAUGUGCUCACCCAGUGAAAAACAUUAAACAAGAAAGAAACCACACUGUACCUCCUCCAUGCAGCUGCUCACAGGUGACUACAUAUCCCAGGAUGUCUCCAUUUGGUUUACGGGGUUUCUCCCAGCUGAGCUGCAGGGAGUCAGGACUCAGGGCGGUAAAGACCAGGGGGCCUGGGGCGCUGGGGUUACUCAGAGUGAACGGAGAGCCUGCAGUGAAAUGUGACAAACUCAGAGUGAGAGAGGACAUGCAAAACUUCUGACAGUGCAUGGUCAUUGUCCUGUGGGUUAAUCCCAGGUGCUGUGACAGCAGAAUCACCAGAGUCUGUACCUGGCAUAGGGCUGAGGGGACUCUUUGGGUCCACGGCAGACUCAAUGGUGAUGACUCCCUCCCUUUCUGGGCCCCAGCCCUCCUGGCUCUGAGCCUUCACCUUAAACAGGUAGGAGUGGUUUGGCAGCAGGUCCUGGAUGAUCACAGAGUUCUCUGCAGGGUUUGUCACAUUAAUACGCUUCGCCUCACCUGAAAGAGAGGACACAAGACGUUAAACCUCAGCAUUUAGUGUUAGUACAGUCUUUACAGAUGACAGUUCAGGAUUUAAAGGAGAGCUCAGAAGAAAUAUCAGAGACUGUGUAAGGGGGUAAAAAAAAGAGAGUGAAGGGGUCAUCUACCUCCGUUGAGCAGCUGGUAGAGGACGCUGUAGCCCAGGAUAUUUUUCUCACAGUGAGGCUCCUGCCAGCUGACCUUCAGGGCAGUGGGGCCCAGAGCAGAGAAAACCAGUCUGCUGGGGGUGUCAGGGACACCUGGUGAGAGUCGAGCAUCUGAUGAAUGACACAGAGGAACCAGAUUAAAACCCUGCUGGACAUGAUCAUCAUGAACAGGUCCACUUUGGGUGGGACUCAGAGUUGAUCGUUUAAAAAAAAAGAUGGAGAGAAAAGUGAUAAAAAAGGUUAUUCAGACCUUCAAACUAUUCUGACUAACUUUGAUGUCUUCAGUAAGUUAUGGGUAUGAAAGGUUUUGAGCAUUGUCCAUCAGAGUUAGGAGCUCUUUUUCUCAUCGUUCUGAGGGCAGAAGGAACCCUUCCUUCUCUGUUGACCCAGCAUAGCAGGAACUUUGAGCUAUUUGAGUUCCUGGAACCCCAUUCAGUUGCUGCUUCAGAGCGGGUACCAACAGACAAUAUGAGGGACUUGGAGUGAUGUAGGUGCACAUUGCUUAAUCAAUAAUAAUUAUAAAUACAAAUAAACUUGAUUUAUAUGGUACAGGUUAGAAAGUGCUUUACAACUGAAAAUUCAGUAAAGAGAAAAUGAUGAAGAAAUGUGAGGACCAGGAUGACUAAAGGCUUCAAUGUUAAAAAGGGAUAUAAGAAAUAGAUAAAUAGAUAAAGAAACAGAUUCAGCAUGAGUGAUUGCAUCCUGGUUGGUUUAAACAUUUAAAAUCCCUCUGUAGGCCUUACUUAAAUAUGUCAGGGACAAUUCAUGGUGUAGCAGCAGGGGUCCAGCCUCCCCCAAAGGGUUUCUCAUUUCCAGAACUACAAUCCACUUUGCAUCAAAGAAAAUAAAUUGAGUAUAACUUUGUUGAUUUCUCUUUUCCUAACCUUGUUGUUAACCAUUUAAUCUACUUUUUAUUUUCUUAUUUUGCAUGUUUGAAACAGAAACCUCAAUCAGUCUUUGCAAAAUAAUCAGAGAGGGAGAGAAACUUAAAGGCAGGACUAAAGAGGACAGAAGGGGGCUCCAUUACACCUCAGACCCAGCAAACACAUCCUUUGCUCUCAUGCUUUCAUGCUGAAGACUUACCCUGGAGCACCCUGUCCAGAUUAUACAGGGCUUCAUUGACGUCUGUGGACAAGUUCCUGGACCUGGGACUCUGAGACAGGUUGUAGCUGAACUGGCUUUGAGAGCUGCUCUGCAUCCCAGUGUAGCCAAAACCACCUGAUGGCAGGUUUUGCAGGGGGUGAAAGGAAGAAGAGGUGGAGGAAGGUUUAAGGGGGAUGAGAGGUACAGGGAGCGAUAACAGCAGCACAGUGAGAAGCCAGGGGGAGAGGAGAAACAGGGAUAGUCAGCAUAGCUCCUGCAUAGUCAGUGUGGAUAAGCCUGCUGCACAGCCAACAGCCCCAAACCCUGCUGUCCAAGCCUUUGGCCUCAUGCAUUUCACAGUUGACCUGCUGAGGCCUCUUAAAUACUGCAAAGCUCCAAAGUAAAAUCUUUCUUAUCUUAUCUUUCUUGAAAGACAGAGUUACUUCUGAGCUCUACAGCUUACCAGGGCUCUGCAACUUGCUUGACAACUCUCCCAAGACGAUGGAGUCGCGGAUGUUUUCAUCUGUGUAGCCUCUGUUCUCCAAGCGCUUCCUCAUGAUGACUUCUGUAGUUUGAAGUCCACCUCCUCCGAUGAUGUCCUGCCGACGAGAGCUCCCUUCAGGAAAGAGAGAGAGAGAGAGAGAGAGAGAGAGAGAGUAAUUGUAAUGCUUUUGUAAUAUUGUUACAACAAUCAUGCCAAUAAAGCUUGAAAUUGAAAUCGAAAAAAUUGAAAUUGAGAGAGAGAAAGAGAGGAAGGUGGAAAUAAAAGAGUCUCUUAAGGACUUUCUCAAAAAUACAUUGAAGGAAAAUCUUCAGAAGAUGUUGGUGACCAAGGCCCGCCAUGUCUUCAAUUUCCAUCCAUCCAUCCAUCCAUCCAUCCAUCCAUCCAUCCAUCCAUCCAUCCAUACAUACAUACAUAAAUACAUGCAUACAUACAUACGUACAUACGUACAUACAUACAUACAUACAUACAUACAUACAUACUUACAUACAUACGUACGUACAUACGUAAAUACGUACAAACCACCCACCCUCCUAACCCACAUUCAACACACAACACUCAAGCACACACACGCAGGCACACACACACACACACACACACACACACACACACACACACACACACACACACACACACGGACAAAAAGUGAAGAUCCUUUAAAUUGCCACACAGGACUGGGGAAACGCUAUGAGCUCAAAAUGAGGUCAUCUGUCUCACCUGGUCCACUCAUGUAGGUGGUGGUUGUUUCUGUGGUGUAGGUGCCUCCUCCUCCUCCUCCUCUGUAGUUCGAGCUCAGAGUGGACAUAGGAGAGGAUGACGCUGAUAAGUUGCGUGGCCCCCCUGGGAAAAGGAAGUUUUGUUCCCACCUCCCAUUGCCGUAAUCUGUAAAAUGACACAGAAGGAGCCGAAACGGUUUAGUGACAGUACACGACAGAAAACAAUCAGCUGUUUUAGAAGUCAGUGAUUAGACACUGAAACCAACAGCAAGCACCCAAACCAGGCUCAGCCAAUCUACAGAGGAAGCACCAGCAGGUUCGGGUCCUUUCAAAUUCAAGGUUACAGAGAAAAGCAACAGCUCAGCAUGUUUACGUGGCAGGUUGGCCCCAUCUACAAGCAAGAAAAGUUAUAGCUUUGCGGAACUCUAUACAACGUGUCAUCUGCAGACACCAAGGUUCAUGAGUCCUUUACUUCUUUUUGAUUUCAUUAUCAAGUGACUUCUUUUCAGUUUAAAUCUAACACUUAACUCUCAAAUGAGCAACAGUGAUUUAAAGACAGAGCCAAUGAAGUGAAAAGAUGACAGACAGCAUCUAUGAACAAAAAACUUCAGUCUUGUAAGCAGCUCUUCCUCUUACUCACUGACAACAAUAUACUAUAGAGAUGUCAUAGAGUCACCAAUUUCAUGAUACUGCACAAAAACAAAAGUGUGCUCGGACCUGGGACCGGGGCAAAAAAUGUAGUUUUGUUUCAGCUGCAAUGAGUGACCAGCUAUUUUUAAUGAGUGACAAAUCAGGACCACAGUUUCUCAGCAGGACUCUUCUCCUACAGAGCCAUGAUGUUGUAAUUCCUGUGGUCAGUAUGUGGUUUGUCAUUGUCUUGCUGAAAUAUGAAGGUCUUCCCUGAAAAAGUCUUUGUCUGGAUGGCAGCAGAUGUUGCUCCUAAACCUGUAGAUUAUGUUCAGCAUUAAUUGAGCCUUCACAGAUGUGGAGGAUGAUGGGAGUUGAUAAAAGUCACACGGUCCUUUCUGUCUUCAGAGCAGAACAUUUGGCAUCCAUGGUUUCGAAAAAGAAUGCAAAGUAUGGACUUGUCAGACCACAGGAUAGAUUUUCACUUGCCUUAGUCCACCUUACAUGGACUCAACACCAAAAGAUUUGUUGAAUUAUGUCUGGUUUCCUCUUUGCACGGUUUAGCUCUAACCCCAUUUGUGGAUGCAGUGAUGAACUGUCUUCACUGACAAUGGUUUUAGAAGUAAUUUUGAGCCCAUGCAGUGGUUUCCACUCCAGAGUCCUGUCUGUUUUUAAUGCAGUGCUGCCUGAGGGCCUGAAGAUCAGGACCAUCCAGACUUGGUUUUGGUCCUUGUCCCUUUUGUACAGAGAUUUCUUCAGAUUCUCUGAAUCUUUCAAUGAUAUCAUGUUCUGUAGAUGAUGAAAUCUACUCAUUCUUUCACACUUGACUCUCGGGACUAUUAUUCUGAAACUGUUGAACUGUUAGCUCACGUUGUCACUCACAGAGUGGUGAACCUCUUCCUAUUUUUCCCUCUGAGAGACUCAGCCUCCCUGAACGUCUUUUUAUACCCAGUCAUGUGACUAACCUGUUGGACAUUAACCUCAGUAGUUUGGAGAUGCUCCCUGAGCAGUUUAUUUAGGACCACACAAUCUAUUACUGUUUGGUUUUUUCUGUUCCAGCUUUUUGAAACAUGAUUCUGGCAUCAGAUCCAAAAUGAACAUAUAUUUAUCAUAAAACAAAGAAUUAUAGACUUAAAAUGAUUGACAAACUACAAAAAUCUGUUGAUCACUUUUAACUUUUGCAGAAAGAGUUAUAGUUGGAAAAAUGUGGUCCCCAAACCAAAGCUUUCGGUGUGAUUAAAAUAAGGGUGUAAGGAUCAUAAUUUUGUAGGUUAACAGUUGCUGGUACUGCUUUGGUCCAUGGGAAACUGGUUUCAAACUGUCUGAACAGCUUCCCUUGUGCAGACUCUGUAGGACUCUGCUAGGUAAUAAUGAUGGGUAGAUUUCAAUCAAGCUUGUUCUCAUAGAGUGCUCAACAUCUCAAGAGAUGCGACGGAAGAUAAUAACAUAUACUUAAAAAAUAAUUAACAGUUGCAAGGAGAGAUGUAAUUUCCCCUGCAAAGAUGAGACUGUAUUUCAUUCAGAAGACAUUGUGUAAUCAAAGCCACAGUUACUAAGCCUUUAAACACCAGACAAGCUUCCUUCAGUUCACUACCUCCCCAGUGGGCUGGAGAGAGCGCAGAUAGAGACAGGCACCUGGAAAAGCCUGCCCCCGAUCAUCAACUGGAGGUGGGGCAGUUGAUGCCAUGGCUCCUCUGUGGGAAGCUGGCUGGAGAAGAGAUGGAAUAGUUGCAAACUAGGGGCAAGUAGACAAGGACUGAAGCUGAAGUGGAAUGAUUAGACAAACUUUGGUGUGUCUGACAGGAUCAGUCAUGAAGCCAGAGACAGAUGCUGGUUGGCUCACUGGGCCACUGACUAGCCGUGCAAAUUAGCUGGCAUGCUAGCUCCCUGUCAGUCUAACUUUUGCUCUGAUGGAGUUAUCUUCACCUGUCAGGUGUGAUUUGGUGUAGGUGAGGUGGGGGGCCUCAUCUGAGCUGGUCUCUGUGUCUGUGCUGUGCCGAGAGGGGAUGAGGUCCACUCGCCUUUUCCACGACACCCUACGGAGAUCCAGGUCAGACCCCACCAACUUGACAUGAUUCCAGCCUUGUGUUUGAGGGUUAUGGGGAAGAGCAAGCAGGCCAGGGAUAGAUAUGUGGUGAAGGAGUGUCAGCGUUUGAUUUCCCUUUACAUCAGUCAUUAAAAGAUGAAAAUAUACUCGACCAUUUCCACCCUUAUCAAAACUUGUCUAAAAGGCUGUACUUUAAAAAGUAAGGACUAGCUGUCAACACUGCCCUCCAGCCUUCUGUUUGGUGUACUGUUCAGGUGAACAUAUCUGCAACCAGGGAUGAGAAUGAAUAAGAUAUUAGUGAUCUCAAUGCCACUAAUGAUUCUGCUUUUAAACCAAGUUCGUAUUGAAUGGCAAAGAUGGCGACUGUCAUUAAGCAAAGUCAUCCAAAAAAGAAAUGGCAAUAUUUAGUUCAAGUUCAUGCAUAAAUAAAAAAGACCUGUGUUUUUGAUGGGUUGCAAGUCAUUGGAUUUUUACUGAUAUCUGUUGUGCUGAAAUUUUUAAACUCAUUUUGGUGGAUACAGAUAUCAAUACCAAUACAUACACACCCCUUUGUCCAUUUUUUUCUCUCUUGAUACAGAAUUUAACCUGCUAACCUUAUUGUGACAGAACCAGAAAUAAAGACAAGUGACAUUUGGUUCUACCUCAGAUAAGUCAUGUAUUUUUUUCAAUGUAGACAUUCAGUAAGAGGCAGACUGUUUGUUACUGACACCUAAAAUCACUUCUGCCAAACUAUAUAAUUCAACAUUGUGUGCACAUAAUUACAUAUCACUACAGAAUUUUCACACCUGCUGAUACAGAUAUCAUCUGCUGAUACUGAUAUCAUUCCAAUACAUUAUGCAUCCCUGGCCUUCACCCAAAGGAACUUGGGAGAUCCACUCUUUAACUAUGCAUGUAUUAUUCAUGUACUUCCCAAAAUAAUGUAAUUAAAAAAAAAAAAAAAAACUAUGAAAGGGUGCUUAAAUAGUCCUUCUCUGCCAAAGGUUUAUGGUUUAUGUGACAGAAGCUCAAAUUUUCUUGAAGGCAAAGAGCAAUGUAAGCAUUAUCUUACAGGGAGUAACUGUUAGCAGACCUAACGAGAAAAAGCUUAGCGGUUUGUGAUCGUUAAGUUGCACAUACCAGCAGAUGCAUUAGAAGCAGAUUUUUUGCUGCCUAUGGGGUGUUGCUGGCAGAAAAAAAUGCCCCCAUAACGCAUCUAUAAGAAAAUACAGUCGAUCCAUAACAGUGGUGCCAACCUUUGAGUUUCACUGCUCUUUAAUAUCUUUCUUAAUGAGGAAGAUUAAUCAUGCCACAGAAAAACUAAAAGAUUAGCAAAGCCAGACAGGGACCUUCUUGUCCUGAGAUUUUGAUGAAAACUCACACAUGCUGGGUAAAAUCCUGCAGAUCAAACCAACCUUUCACAGUGUGCUCCCUCAUCUCCACACAGGGCAACGUUACCACAGCGCAUUUUACAUACAAAUCUGAGUGCAACACUCUGGCUAACAGAACAAAGCAAGAUGCUUGGAGCAUUCAUAAUGAGGACUCAGAUAAUUGGACCCACAUUAAUCUGGAAGUCUGGCAAUCAUAUGCAUCUUUCCAGAGCCAAAAAAUGCAUUGGAACAGAGCUGUCGCACAGAGUUAACACUCUCAGUGGUUAGAAGUAGCUUGUGGUUUUGGCUCUGGGUACUCACCAUCACCAGAUACACUGGGUGUCUUAGAGCCCGUAGGAGACUUCAGCACCUCAUUGCUGUACAUCAGGUAACUGUCAUACUCGUCUCCUGCCUCUGCAUCCACGAUAGGGAUGUCUGGGAUGAUGGGAACUGUGGGCAGAAAGAAAAUGAAAUCAAUCUGUUUCCAGAAAAACACAGACUGAAAGAAUUUAAAGGUCUUUCAACCCUGACUUACUGGACAGAGGUCUGGCCGGCUGUGAUGCUAGGUUGAUGGUGGCAUCUCUGAAGGGGCCCCAGCCCACGCUGUUCUUUGCUCGUACUUUAUACUGGUAGGUCUGAGCGUUCUGAAGAUUUUCAAUCAGCAGCAUCCUCUUCUUGGGGUUUUCAAUCUUGACUUUCUUAGCAGCACCCACUGGUUCUGCAAGGAAGAACAGGGCAGUGAUGAGAAUUACAUAUGACAACUUUUUAUGUUUAUGUUGUAUUUCCUUUUCAGGGAGGGACUCAGUCUCUUACUCAUGUCAUCAUCGAUGGGUGUGUAGAUGACCUCAUAGGCAGUGAUGGACCCGUUGGUCUCUGCAGGCUCGGCCCAACUGACCUGAGUGACAGUAGGACUGAUGACAUUAAAGGCGAGACGUCCAGGUUCACCAGGCACUGGAGGAAAACAGAACAGGAAGCAUUUGGAAGCUCAGAGGUGCCCACACAUCAUUAUUCGUAAAUACUGCACAACACCAACUAGUGUAAAUGCUGCUUAAAGAGGUUAUAUCUGUUCAAGGAAGACAACACUCCUCACAGGAGCUUCAAAUAAACCAAGUUCAUGGUAAUUACACUGUACUUACACCUGCACCUUUUUGUUUUUUUUUAACCACACAUGUACUUUAUACUACCCCAGGUUUCACCAUUUUUCACAGCAUUAAGCGCAGUGAGUAAAAGCCUCUACAUAAGGUUAAAAUGACCCUUCAUAAAAAUAAACAAAGCAGUGAACUAAAUUGAAAGAAAUUACCAUCCUCCAGUGUUUGACAGGGAAUCAUAUCUGUACUGUGGCCAUCUCCAAUUGCAUUGUAGGCACACACUCUCAUCUCAUAGUCGCAGUAUGGGUACAGGUUGGUCAAAUCAGCGUGAGUGGUCUUCACAUCCAUGACCUUGGCAUCUUUUUCUUGGUCACCGUAGAUCCAGUAUUUGACCUUAGAUGCACAUAAAUAUACAACUUUCAUCAAAAAUGGAGUGCCCUCUGUAAAUGGUCACUAAAUUCAAAGCUUCCCAGUAUGCAGACUUCAAAUACCUUGUAGCCCAUGGGGUUACCAGGUGGUGGGUCCCAGUUGAGGCGGAUGCUUCUAGGUCCAGUUGCUUUGGCUAUGGGGUUUGCUGGGGAGAGAAAGCGACCACCUGGGGAAGUGGCAUUUAGCUUGACUGAGCCUUUCUGCAUUGGAGCUGCAGGAUGAAAAAAACAACAAAGGUUGAAACAAACAUUUACAGUAGACAGUAAUUGUCUUUAAGAGCUAUAUUUCGACAUUACCAACUUAAAAGACCAAAAAAAAUAAUACUUAUUCAAUUCUUACAUAUAUAUUUUGGGACUGAUGUCAUAUUGAAUUUCCUUUUGGGGGUUAAUAAAGUUCUUCUUAUUCUUUGAUUUUUUAUUUUUUUUUUAAUGACUUCAUUUUGUCUCACAUCUACCUGUGACGUUGACGGUCGUGGUCUUCUUGUCUCCAAUAGUGGUGCCCCUGCUGGGGUCAAACAACUCCAGUUGGAAGCUCUCAGGUUUGAUGGGUCCAGGGUGGGCAUUUGGAUCAAUCUCGAUGAUCUUCUCUGUCUCUCCUGGACUGAAAUUAAGAGGCCCUGACAGGUCAAAGCGCUGGGCCUUCUUAGUGCGCCAUUUCACUGUUGCAGGGCUUCCUUGGUUGCGGUUGCGGACCACAGGGAUUAAGUAGGUGGGGUCAGAUGUGGUGUGGUGCUGGGUGCUAUUUUUGAAUGAUAUCUCACUGGCUUCUGGAUAAGACAAGAAUAUGAGGGAGAGAAGAUUUAGGAAAUCACUGCUUUAGCAAAAAACAACUACUAAGACUCACUGAUGUAAAGCCUUGCAUGUCCCUCACCUGGUAGGUCUGCAAUGGUAACAGUAGUUCUUGGGUAGCGACCCAGCUUAGCUCCCUGUCUGGGGUUACUGAGAUCCAUGACAAACUGCUUGACCUGUUUUUCUUCCAGGAGGCCAUCUUUUUCCCCAAGCUCCAGCAGACGAACAGGAAUUAUUUUCUGGGUCUCACCAGGACUGUAGGUCAGGUCUCCUUCCACAUUUAUAUAAUCCUAAUAACACAUGUCAGUGACAGGUAAGAAGCAGGGUCCUGCAGCAGUCCUGUGCCUCAUAUUCAGGUUUUUUACAAAGUGGUCACUGUCCUGUUAACCCUGUCGAUUUGGCAAAUACUACAAGAGUUUCAUUCAAAGUUGAAAUAAUGAUGCCAGCAUGAAUUAAUCAAACUAUAGACGUUAACAGCUGAACAGAAUCAGGUAACUGAUUGUAAAGAACAUCCUUCAACAUGCCUAAUUUUGUUUCAUUCUCUAUCAGAUAGAGAUAAACAACUUGCAGUCUCAUGCAAUAAUAAGCUAUCAGUGUGGUGUUUGAAAACACGUUUCAACUGGCUAAAAAAAUUGCACACAGCUUGGAGGUUCAGUAAGGGGCUCUUGGCUUAAAGUUAAAGAGUGGUAAAAAUGAUCCAAGUUUACUUUUGGUAAGAAUCUCAAAUUUUGGGGGGACAUGACGAUGUUUUUAGGGCUGUGCAUAAGGCUCACCUUCUUAUCCUUGGCUGUGAGGUCUCGAGUGCGAUAGCUGACUUGAGUGCGUCCGUCCUCUAUAAUCUCUCUGCUGAUUGGGAUGUUAGCCACCCCGUCCUGCCUGCUGUAGGUGUAGGCUGGCUGGAGGAAGGUAAAGACACUGGAGGCUGGAGGAGGAAAAGGAGUUUAAAUGAGUUCACAAAUCUUUUGUUUCAUUGAAAUUUUUUUAUUUCAAGUGCAAAACUGCAAAAUCGAAUAUUUCUCACCGUGCUCUUUGAUGAUGGUGAUGUUAACUAAACGCUUAUCAAUCUUAGCAAUACCUAGCGGCACGUCCAGAGCCUCCACUAGCAGCUGUUUUUUGUCAUCAUCUUCAUCUUUGACAAAGAGGGGCACAUGAACAUCCACUGAUUCCACACCUUCCUGGAACUCUAUGACCCCUGUUGCCUCUGCAGAGGAACGGUGGAUUAAAUCACAAAUAUGAUAGUUAGACUAAUCAUUUAUCAUUCAUAAUGAUUCAAGACUACUAAGAGCUCAACUUUAGAAAGAACUGGAGAUGAGGAUUUAACCCACACAAAUGAAUUAUUUACAGACCUCUGUCUGUGGCCACGGUGUAGUAACCAGGCACCACUUUGAGAUUGUUGACGUUCCCUGACUGGACAUUUCUCUCUGUGACUUUGACAAUAUCAGGGUAGCUGCCACGUGGAGCAGAUAAGACGGUGUCCAUGAUGGUAAAGUCCUGCCUUCAGAACAUGGAAAGAGCAAAAAGUCAAGCAGUUAAGCAUUCAUGCUCCUUUGGGAAAUCAAAUCUGGUGCUUCUUUUGUUAUGCUAUCAGAUGUUUACCUCUUUCCAGCAUUUCUCUGCAUCCUGCAACAAGGAAACAAAAAUAAUGAGUAAUUAUAUACACUCUUUAAAAGUACUACAAUCACAGAAAUAUAAACAGUGCACAGAUUAUAUACAAAAAGAGGGUGUACAUCGUGUUUUUGCACAUGCUAAUAGCCUAUGUAUAAAAAUUAGUAAUAACAUAAAUUGCAAUAACAUAAAAAAAUUGACCAAAGAAGAGUUGACCCUCCUCUGCCUCCACCAUUUGCAAACCCUUAUGGUUCAGUUUAAAAUACCAUGUUGCCCUGAAGAUUAUAAAGCACAAAAAUGCACAUUAAUGGUGUGUUCCAGUUGUACUGGGAAGUCGGGAUUUCCGAGCUCUGAGUCGGAAACUCAUCUGGAACACCCCCCUGAAGUCAGGUUUCUGACUCAGAAAAUCAGACGAACCCCAACUUGACGACAACGUCAUAUUCCAAGAUGGCAGCGCAGUGCAUCAAUAGUAAAGAGUAACCAUAAAGCUCUCGUAAUGUAUUAUUUAUUAGCACCUCUGUUUUGUUUUUGUGAAAUUAAAUAAGUGGUAUAUGUUGUACUGCCGAACCUCUAAAACUGUGAACACGGUGCUAUGGUGUUUAUAGUAGCAAACCAUUGUGUUAUGCAUUGUUUACAACUGAUAUAGCUGACAACAAUUAACAAAGGCUGGCAACGGCAAACGACAGCUGACAAUUGUUAACAACAGCUUACAACGGCUAACAGUAGGUGUCAAUCUUGGUUUUCCAACUUGCUUACUGGAAUGCCGUCAACUCGGGUGUAACCUCAUUCCUAGCUCUGACUUCUGAGGUAACUGGGACGAAGCAUAAGUUUAGCAGUUCUCUGUCAAUUUCACUCCUGUCUUACGCUGUGAUCGUAUUUAUUUUUUACAGUAAUGCAGCAUUUUUGUCUGUGAGGGCCUGUUUUCUACUUUCCUACCAUAUGAGAAAGUAAAAAAGAGUGGAAACCACUGCUGUAAAGGGCAGAAUACAAGGCCCACCCAAGUGUGCAUUUUCCAAAAUGGACUAGGAUAUAUAAGGGCUUUUUUGUGCCUUUAUUUGAGUGGAGAGGAGACUAAAUAGAGCAGGAGAUGGGGUGAUACAGGUUGGAAUGGAGGCACAUGGUGGAUUCAAACCCAGGUCAUCAGCACCCUGGCAUUUUUAACAUUAAGGAUAGAUUCUGUGCACUGUGUGAUACAUAAGGAGCUGUCAUGUGACACAACUUACCUGAAUGCGGUCUUUUGCACCUUCUGUGCACCUGGGAUUUGCUUGUACACUUCAUUCAGCUGGAUCAAAGAACACAAACAAUAAUCAAUACCAUUUUUUUGUUUAUAGAAAUCUGCUGCCCUCAAAACGAACACACUCACGUUAUCGGCAGCUUCUUUACGAAGCUGUUCAGCAUCUAUGCUCUCUGGUCGGGCCAGGUUCUCAGAAAACAGUCUGUUCAGUCGGAGGGAGAUUGGGUAUUGGACUGCGAGGGGAAAGAAAACCAUGCAAAAAAGUAGAGUUUAGAGUUCAGACAGCCAACGUCUCUGAUUGAAUAGUGUAAUGUAAAAGAAGUAUUUGAUCACUCACUUGUCUCUUUGGGGUUGGGCUUCGCUAGAGCCAGGGGGUGAUUGGGUGCUCUGUGUACAUUAUCAGUUACCUUCCAGCGAACCACAUCGGUUCCCUUGGGUGGCCCAGUCCUUACCAUCGGUGUGUCUAGGUGGUCUGAGGUGAGCAGAGACUGUCGGAGCAAAUACUCAUCUUCCUUGAAGCCAACCCUGCGACCUAGAGCGAUGCAGUGUAAGGUGAUGUUAUUCAACAAGGUCUUGAGUAGCAGAAGGAUAAAACAUUUGAAUCAACAAAUAUCUCACCUCCUCCACAGCAAGGGAGCAGGCCAAGGCAGCUCUGUGUCAAGAGAAGGUAAGUAGCAACACUUCAAUGAUAUGACUUUAUUAUGAUGAUGAUGAUUAUGAUGAUUGUUAUUAUUAUUAUUAUUAUUAUUGUUAUUAUUAUUAUCAUUAUUAUUAUUGUUAUUAUGUGUGUGUUGAAGUUCAGCAUUUUAGUACCCCACAGCACUUUUUGCAUCUGGCAAAGUGCAAGCAGCAGAGCAGCAGGAGCCCCAGCAGCAACAAGAGGAACAAGAGAAGUGGGAGCAACCACAGAAGGCUAGCAGCAGGGCAGUCUGAAAGAGAUGAUGAAUUUCAAUUCAUAUUGAUGAUACAGAGUACAUUGCUGUAUUAUUACUGAUUAUUACUGAUGAUACAGAGUACACAACUGCAAACAGAGCUGACUAGAGUUUUGUCUCAAUGGUUAGAACCUUGAAAAAUAACAUUUUGAGCAACAAAAAAAAAAAAAAAAAAUUAAAAUCAUCCUGAUCUGUUACACUGCUGUGUUGUUUAUAUCUGACAAGUCAACACUUGAAAACAGUUGUCUGUUAUUUCUUAUUAUCACACUGUUGCCGGAGGAACAGUGCUUUUGCCAUUGGCUAGCUGCGACCAUAUGAACUCAAUGAAAGAUGCCUGGUUAGUUUGACGUUUAUGAUAGGAGUCAACAUUUAGCACAAACACAACGACCAAUAAAUGGAAAACAAAACUCCAGACAGUCUGAGUCUGCUCUUCCUAUGGUCUUGUGUGACAAAUAUAUAUAUAUAUAUAAUUUAUUUUUUUAAAGUCCACAAACCAAAAACAGUUUGUUUUGUACUUGAGUGAGAUACAAUAGCUUACAGGGAAGAAUAGGAAUGUAAACUUCAAACAAAAAAGCCUAUACAAAAAAUGACAACCUCGAGGUCUGUAAAUAAUUGUUGAUUAGUUGAAGAAAUUACAGCACAGAGAAUGUGUUAGCUCACCACUUUUUUUGAGCACCUCAACCAAAGUUGUUGAAUCUUUGAGUUUUUCGAUUGUGUAGUCCACCAUACAUCCGUCCUCCUCAUCACGAAAAUUGCAAGUUUCAAACACUUUCUCCGCUGAAAACAAAAACACGCAAACACAUAAACAAACCUGGAAACAAUGUAGACAAUACCAAAUGAAUAAAAGUCCACUUUUUAACCCACCUUCUUUUAGUUUAUCCACCUGGACAACUUUCAAGGGACACUUAUCACACUCUUUCUUAUCUUUCUUCUCUCCAGUCCCCCAGGCCUGGCACAGUACACAACUCUUUGUACCGUCACACAGUGCAAACUGGGCCUAGACCACACACACAUACACACACACACACACACAAACAUGCCAACUAAUAUUAGAAACAUUGAUUCAAAUAGAGGCAUUCUCAUAUGUAACAUGAAGAACUUUGUGUCUUUGAUGCCUGGAAAUAUUGUGAAAGAGGAAUACUCAAAUCAAAACCCUUUCUUAUGUAUAGACAAACUACACAUCAUCAUUUUUUAUUGGCACAAACCUGGAACUGGGGCUCACACAAUGGGGACAACUCCAUCUCAGAGUUUUCACACUCACAUUUUCCACAGACACAUUUACCUCGACCUCCACAGAUAACCUGUACAGUUAAAAAUCCAAGUCAGAUACAGGGAGUGUUGUGAUAUGACAUGAAAACUGUGAUUACCAAAGACAGUACACUUACACCCUUAGAGUCCAGACAGUCUUGAUUGCUCUUGGGACACUGACAAGCGUCUCCUUCCCAGCCCUCUGUACAUGCGCAGCGGCCCAUCACACAAGAGCCACGGUCUGAUGAGAGAAGAAAGACCAAGACUUAACUUUGGCUCCUGUCAGUGGUGUUUACAUGUGGAAAUGGGGAUAAUAAAAGUGAAACUAAAACAAACUGGAGUGGACCAAAGAGGAAUUUAUCACCUCCUGUCUGAACCACCAUAUGGUUCAGAUCAUUAACUACAUUGUUCUUAUGAUAUUAUUAAGUUAUAAGUUAUUGUGCUCCUGUUUUGCAUUUUGAUUUUGGAAAUGAAUGAAAUGAGCUGUCAGCAUCUCUACUCUCUGCUUGCACUUCACUGUGUUGUGCUUCCUUUUCCUGAAGACUCUGAAUACACAGCUGUCUCUAGUAGUAAUAUUCAGGGACAUCCACUUUUCUGUUCUUAUCUUCAAGUAAACAUUUAAUACAAGUGUGGACCUGCACUGAAGGUUUGAAAUGCUCGUCUCUGCUUUAUUUUAAUACAUGUAUGAGAAAGAUGCCUGUUUGUCAGCCUGAGCCUCUCCUAAGCAUAAUCCUUAUGUACUAGCUCUAUGAGGAGGUGAGAGCACAGACUAAAAGAGAAAAAUCUUAGGUGGGUACUAUCAAAUACAAAAGGACUAAGAACAAAAAUUGUAUUUUACUGGAAAAAGAAUUCAAGAUUAAAACGCUUUCAAAAAUGUCCCUUUUCUCACAAACAAGGUCAUAAGAACACUUUUGAUCCAAGUGUCCUUGUAGAUAUGAAAUAGUUAAACUCAGAAUAAACCCUGUUAAUAUAAGGCAGUUUUUCCUUGAAAUACUGAAGAGUGGGAUCAUUUCAUACUUGGAGUUUAGCAAAUAAUGGGGUCAACACUGUUGUAAAUGGUGUAAUAUUGUUGCGUUUACAAUGCUAGCUCUAAAAAUAGAACAACUAUUGCCAUGGCGACCCACUAUUAAAUCCACCUGCUUCAUGAGACCAGCAGCUUUCAUGGGGGUCUUUUUAUUUUUAGAGUUGACUUAUAUUCUGGCCAAUAUGGUGACAGUUGUAACAUUUUUCACAUACACACACACUUUAUUUUAUUUACGAGCUAAGAGUUUUUAUACCAUUGCAGAGGAAUCCUCCAAAUCGCGAACACUUGGUCUUAUCAUACUGACAGUAGGGUCCUUCAAACUGUUCUGGGUUGUAGCACACACAGACUCCACAGGCAGUGCAGUCCCCUUGGCCUGAACAUACUUCUUUGGAGUUAGGACCGAUACACUGUCCGCUGUCCUGAGAUGUAGAACUCUCUGAACAGUUACAGAAUGUGCCCACCCUGCAGGAGACACACGGUCAAAUGUAAGAGCACAGCAUUUCAACAUGUGGGAGAGGUGCAGAUAAACCCAAAGACAUGACUCAAGUCUUACCAGCCCUGUUGGCAUUCACACUUCCCACACACCAGGUCUCCAUGGCCGUGGCAUCUGGGUGCAUUUGAGAGUCUGGUCUGGAGGAAAAAAGGAACUAGUGAGAAGGAGACAAGCAUUCUUCAAACAGUCUCUGAAUCUUCACUUUUUAUGUGCACUGACCUUCUCACACUCGCAGGUUGGACAUAAAACCGAAGUCUUCACAUUGACAGCAACAUUGAAGGUUGUUGGUUUGACUCUCAAUGUGCCCUGUUGUUGGUCCGGAUUCAAGUCACAGACGGACACCUCGUCAAUCUCUCUCUGCGCUUUUAGCAGCAUUUUCACCUUGCCCUGGAGGAUGCGCGCGCACACACACACACA